AUGAUCGUCGCAACAUCCACCACGUCGGCGCCAGCAACCUGCAACACGCUCGUCGCGAGUUACAACCCCUCCUUCGAAAGCGGAGCCAUUGCACCUUGGACCAACUCCUGGGGCGCCAAUACUGUGUUCGGCAAGACCGAGGUUCUUUCGGCUGAUACGGCACCCUUCGCGCCGCUCGACGGAUCACAUGCGCUCUACACCACGUUGACCAAUCGGUACAUGGGAGCCCAGCAGUGGAGGUUCACACUACAAGACGUCUACAUCCCAGCUAGCAGCAACUACAACUGCACGGUCGGGUUCAAAAUAGUUCAGAACGACAAUCGCGCGCGAUACCCCGUGCAAGCCGCCUUGUUAAUCGAUAAUCAAGUUGUGAACUAUGCGCAGAACGGUGUAUCUAACGGUGUAUUUGUGGGCGUGCCGACAGGUCCAGAGACGGCUCUUUGGAAGACGGUAGGCGGUUCCGGAGUCGCAAAUGCGCAAGACCAGCAUACCGUUACAGUAAUCGUUCUCUUGAACAAUGCCGUUAACCUCGCUGCGGGAACAGCUUUCGCGAUCGAUAGCCUGCAAUGCUUCCCAACCGGGCAAUGCGCGAUGUAG